AUGAACAACGGCACAGGCAAAUACCCAAUCCUAACCGAGCCGCAACACGAACGCGACUUUCUCCCCAAAAUCGCAUUCACCCUCCAAGGCAUCUCAACAAGCGGCAUCCAUUUCCAGGGAGAAGCAGGCAAAGAGACGGCGCAGGUUGCAUGUCGCGUCUCUGUACCGCUCUUAUCACUUCUUACGGGAUUUUGUGAAGCUGGGCUACUCUAUCGCAGUAUUGCUACACAAGCAUCAACAGCGACCAAGGAGACUGGCUUGAUUAGACAAUCCCUCAAUGCACACCUGCAAACGCAUUUGACGCGCUACUUGGAGAAAGUCGCAGCGAUUGAAGCUGCCCUGCGACAAGCAACGGCACAGCUACAAGUCACAUUGAAACGGAUUGCGCUCUGGAUACGACCCGAUGUACGCGUCUUACGACUCAUGGCGCGGAUAUUGCAUGCCGUUGAUGAUAAACAAGGCGGUACAUUGAUGAAUGCUGUGCAUGCGCUCAGUAAACACGGCGACCCAUCUGUUGCGCAAUUCGCACAGGAUGUCCUGGUAGCCAUUAGCAAGCCCUUUUACGAAAUGCUCGCCAAGUGGAUCUAUGGCGGUGAUUUGGAUGAUCCGCAUCUCGAGUUUCUUGUACAGCCAGUUCAGGCUGCCAUUUCUUCAAAACGCGUGCAAUCAACACAAGACGCGUGGCGUGGCAAGUUUGCACUCGUGGACGCAAUGCGACCUGCGUGGAUCACACCAGCCCUGGGACGAAAGAUCUUUUUGAUUGGCAGGACGUUGAAUUUUACGCGGUAUAAUUGCCAUGAUGCGGCGUUUGUGGUGGAGCACAGCAAGUCUGCCUUCCAAGUACUCAGCUAUGGUGAUACGUUUUCCCUUGAGCGAUCUAUGGAUUCAGCCUACUCCACCACUUCUCAGCAUCUCAAGAAUCUCAUCAUGGACAAAUUUAAGCUGAUGGACCAUUUACUGGCGAUGAAGCGGUAUAUUCUGUUGAACGCAGGUGACUUUGUCGGCGUGCUCAUGGAACGACUCGGAGACUCACUCGAUCAUCCCGCCAGCACACUCCAUCGACAUAACCUGACAAGCUCCCUCUCUGAUGCCAUUCAAAGCAGUAAUGCGCAAUUCGAGCCUGAACACGUCUUGACGUGUCUCGAUGCUAGGAUGCUCGACAAUGCCAAAGGUUCUGUUGGUUGGGAGUCCUUCACCCUCGAGUAUCGUCUCGAACGACCCCUGGAUGUGAUCUUAACAGAACAAGCAGCUCGACAAUACCUCAAAAUCUUCAAUUUCUUGUGGCGAUUGAGUCGCGUUGAGUAUACACUGAGCAGUGCUUGGCGACGCAAUAUGACUGCUGAGCGCGGUAUGCUCAAUCAAGUUACUGUCGUGACUGCAGAUUGGAAGCAGGUGCGUUGUGUGAUUGCCGAGAUGAUUCAUUUCGUCUGUCAGCUACAAUACUACAUCUUGUUUGAGGUGAUUGAGAGUUCUUGGAAUGAAUUGCAGACGCAAUUGGCGGAUCCUGCUGCUGACUUGGAUGGCAUCAUGAAUGCGCAUAGCAUUUAUGUUGCGUCUAUUAUGGAGAAGGCAUUGCUUGGGUCGAGCAAGACGAAAGAGGCGGAGAGGGAUUGUCUUGCCUUGUUGCAUGACAUCCUCAAGACGAUGCUAUUGUACAAGGAACAGAUGGAUCGCUUGUUUGCUUACACACUCUCGCAGUACACGGGCGGAGGAAAUCGUCUGUAUGACAUGACGCGGGAUGAGAGCCAAGCGGACCUGCCGGAUGAGAACCUUGUUGCCAUUCGAGAACGCAUGGACCGGUUGACGGUAGAAUUCAAGGAGUGUACGGUGUACCUGCUCGAUGCACUUGAGGAACAGCCAUCAAGCGAUAUGAGCUUCUUGGCGGUGCGUCUCAACUACAAUGACUUUUACCCCUCGAGAAAGGGUCGCAAGGCGAGACGAUAG